AUGACGUUCAACAUAUCCGAGUCGUCCCAGGAGCCCGGCUAUGAUUCACCAGCAGCUGACAUGGUGGCUUCGCCAGAGCACACAAUCUUUGCCGACAUCACAGGUCCGAUCGUCAUAAUUGGAUUUGGAUCCAUCGGUCGUGGGACGCUGCCCCUAAUUCAACGCCACUUUCGAUUCGACAAAUGGCGGUUGACCAUCAUUGAUCCUAAUCACGACGCGGAAGAWCCAUCUACGAACCCAGGCAAAGACAUCAGGUUCAUCAAAGCGGCUGUCACGACUGACAACUACCGCGAUCUGCUGGUUCCACUUUUGACAGAAGGAACAGGACAAGGAUUCUGCGUCAACCUUUCAGUUGAUACAGGUUCCGUGGAUCUGAUGCGCAUGUGUCGAGAACAUGGGGUGCUGUACAUCGACACUGUGAUAGAACCGUGGUUAGGCUUCUAUUUCGACGACAGUGCGCCUAUGGCUAGCCGCACAAACCACGCGCUUCGCGAGACUCUGCUCGCAGAGAAGCGCCGUAGCCCGGGUGGGACAACGGCAGUGUCUACAUGCGGUGCCAACCCCGGGAUGGUAUCGUGGUUUGCGAAGCAGGCUCUUCUAAACGUCGCUCAGGACAUUGGACUCGAUUACACAGAGCCUUCCGUUGACAAUCGGAAGGGAUGGGCAGAUCUAAUGCGACGAGUCGGUGUCAAAGGAAUCCACAUCGCAGAGCGCGAUACACAGACUGCGAAACGUAUCRGGCCUCCGGGUACUUUCUGGAAUACCUGGUCCGUAGAAGGCUGUUUGUCCGAGGGAAUGCAGCCAGCCGAAUUGGGCUGGGGAACUCACGAGAAAUGGAUGCCUCCUAACGGCAGACUUCAUGAUGGACAGCAAAACGAUUGUGCAGUGUCAAUGUACUUGGAGCAGCCUGGCGCUGACACGCGCGUCCGUACUUGGUGUCCGACUCUGGGUGCUCAGUAUGGACUGCUUCUGACUCACAACGAAUCGAUCUCCAUCGCAGACUUUUUCACCCAGCGUAACGACAGUACCGGCCAGGUUGAAUACAGGCCCACGGUACAUUAUGCGUAUCAUCCUUGCAACGACGCGCUUUUGUCUCUGCGUGAACACUUGGGCUCCGGCGGCACAGCUCAUACGCUCCUCCAUGUCCUCGAGGAACAUGAGCUUGGCGAUGGCAUCGAUGAACUUGGUGUGCUUUUAUACGGCCACUCCAAGAACGCAUAUUGGUACGGUUCUCAGCUUUCGCUGGAAGAGGCACGUCGUCUUGCGCCCGACCAGAAUGCCACGGGUCUGCAGGUCACUUCUGCCGUUAUCGCUGGGAUGGUCUGGGCGCUCGAAAACCCUGAAGAUGGCAUCGUCGAGGCCGACGAGAUGGAUUACAAACGCUGUCUCGAGGUACAGGGCCCCUAUUUGGGUCCUGUAAAAGGUUACUACACUGAGUGGACUCCCCUCACAAACCGUUCACGCCUAUUUCCAGAAGAUCUCGACGAGGAGGAUCCCUGGCAAUUCAAGAAUGUGCUCGUUCGUUGA